UAUAAGCCCUUAUACACCGACAAGGAAGAGAGUUCGUUCGGUCGAGGGAAAUCUCGCGGUUGAACUCAUGUACCUACACAUGCUAAGUCCUGUUUGAGAACGGUGUACGUUUAAGCUCAAACACUGAUAGUAGAAGAGCCGCCAUCACAUCCAGUGCCGUGAUCCACCCUUCUCCACGUAAAGAGGCACAAUGAGAGACAUUAUCCCCAAGAACAAAAUAAAAGGUGUUGAUAUCUGUGGAGAUAAGAGCUACACGUAUAUAAUCUGCUCUGAUCUGGGCUGUUAUAUGAGGACAAGUGAUUUACAGAAAGGUUCAGACCUCACUAUAUUCAAGCUGCACCCCUCCUGCCAAAAUGGAGACCAUUAUUCUGCUGAUCGGUUAGGACGAUUUUACAUCAUUAAGGGAGAAUCGUGCCGCACAGUCACAGACCUGUCAACAGAUGCUGAUGCUGUAGUUAAAGACAUUCAUCCCAACUUUCAGGGUGGAGAUCACUACCUCCAUUAUAUGGGGUCUGGGUCUGGGUCUGUGUCUCUGUUUGUGUCGAUGUGUCUUUUCGAGUUGUUUAUGCCUAUCAUCAUCUUUCAAGGAAGGGGAACCUUCAGAAGAGAUUACAUGUUUGACAACCACAGAGAAAUCAACCUUCAUCCCAGCUGCAGUAACGGUCUGUAUUACUGGGGUCUUGGAUUAGGCUGUUGUUUCCUGAAGCCGGUCUCAGAGUGGGGAGUGGAAUACUACAGAGGCACCGAUCUUGAGAAAGGUGAUGGUCAAGUCUUUUCUGUUCACCCUGAUGUUGUGAGCUUUCUGCCCGGUGGUCUGUCCAUAACUCAAGGUCCAGCCCUUGGCCGGUGGGAGAAUAUUAAAACUAUAUGUAAUGACAGUGACACACCAGUGUCAUGGCAAGAGAAAAUCAUCAAGAAGGUGGGAUACAACAAGGAGAAGAUGAAAGAGAUCACACACAACUGGAAGUUUGGAGCAUCAGCCACGAUUGAAUCUGGAGAACUCGCAAAGUUAAUAGCCAAGGUACAGUUCUCUCUGUCAGCAGAAUAUGGAGGAUCACACGUGGGCACUGAGAAGGAAAGCUGGGACGAAGCGACUGAAGUUGAAGAACAACUAUCAUUUAAGCUGAAGCCACACAAGAGUUUAUAUCUGUGGCAGUACAGGCUGGGUGUUGGUGGAGAAUCAGUUUUAUUUGGUCGUGAUUUAAUAAUCAGCGAUGAGCCGAACCCUCCGACUGAAGCCCCACUGCAGACGCAUGAGAAAACAUCAAUGAAAUACAUCUCUAGUCCUUUGCAUGACAUGCCUCAAAUGUGCCAUGAUGAACCUAUUUAUACCAAACUAAUACGAUGGUGUUCAGAUUAUAUGCAUUAGAGUAAAUAUACAUAAUAAAAACAGACCAAAGGUUUAAGGCUGAUGCUGAUGUCUUUGAGUCGAGUCACUGGAGCAUAUGAUCACAUGACAUAAAUAACAAGCACUUGUUGUUAUUAUUGCUCUGGAUAUUAUCUUGAUUUUAUAAAUCUAAACUUCUGAUUGGCCGUUACAUUCAUGUGCUGUCUAUGAUUGGCUCUAUUGCUCAACGCUGGGAGUGAAACAGGAAAAAUCUCUGAUGCACCGCGCGUGUUCACGUUUCGUUCAUCUUCAUUUCAUUUUAAUCACCCAAGAGUGAGUCUUGUUGAGUAAAGUAAGAAAAAUGCAAUUGUCCUACCUUGUAUGUAUUCUCCCAUAUUUACUCUCACAUAGCCUUGGCUAAAGAACACCAUAUACUUUGUGUACUGCAUGAACACAUUUACCCAAACCUGUUAUAACCUUUUGAGUAGAAAUUCAUGUUGAAGUAUUCUUACAUUGCAUAUGAGCCUUUUCUUUUAAGAGAAGAAAACGCAGAAUGUUCUUGUUGUAAUAAUGUUUUACUAUGAUAGAGUAGAAAGCAGAAAUAAUGUAUUAGCCAGAAUGGCAUCUGUUACCCGAGAGAGCAGCAUUGCGUUCCAUCAGAUAAGGAGUUGUGUGUAGCAGGAGAAAGAGGAGGAGAAAGCAGCGUUGAAAAACCCAGAGACGUAUAACAAAGAAGCAGGUGGCGUUAUAUAGACAAGUGAUAAAGGCGUUGACUAAUCUCAAGAUGACAUCAGAAGAGCGGGGGCUUGAGAAACUUAUGAAAGACUGAGCUGAGAUGAUAUUCGGAACAGUUUCUCCAGUGCUAGUUACUGGUUAGCCUUGAGCAUUAGAUUGAUAUUUGCAGACUUUAUUCUUUUAUUUAUUUUAUUUGUUACAAGUAUAUUGAUUGUAACCUUGACAAUUGUUAUUAAUAAAACCUAUAAUUAUAUA